UAGAGAUUUUGGUCAAGUUAACUCAACAUAUGCAAACACAACAAAUAAUAAAUACAACGCUUAGCUCGACUUAAUCAAGAAAUACAAAACAACUGACGACCAGUAGCGAAAAGUAGUUUUCCUCAUACAGGAAAUAGCGUAUUCAAACCGGAAUUGAUCAUAGAGGGCGCGACGUUUUUAAAUUGCGGGUCAACCGACUGUUGACAAAUUUUGUUGCAUUAACUUAUCCGUAAAGGUGCCUUUGGGUAUUGUUCUGCCUUUCUGUCCUCUUUAUUAAUCGCACAACAGAUCGUCAGCAAUGUCUUCAAAAAUUCCAAGAGGUGUGCAGUUACCCGCAGGAACAAAAAAACCCGGUCACAAACCUGAAUCUAGAGACACAGCAACUGUAUCUGCUUCAACGAAUGCCCAAAAAUCAGAUGGUAUCCUUAAACCUCAAACUGAAAACGUGCCAAAAAAUGUUGUUACUCUAAAGGUUCACAAAGGGAUCUCCACCAGGUAUGGGCGACAGGCAGAGGUUAAGGAGCAAAAUCAGCAUCUGAUGGCUUCCAAUGAGGAGCUACAGAAAAACCUCACAGAGAUACAGCAAAGAGUAGCUGAGUUGGAGCUGCAGUACAGUGACCUUGUAAGAGAGAAUACAGAGGUACAGAAAAACCUGAAGGACUGUCACGUACUCCUUGUCUCAGCCAAUAUAGACCCAGUUUUAGGAGAAAGGGUUGGAGAAGCUUCACGAAACAAUGAAGAUCAAAGAAAAGAAGUUAUGAGUGUCUCCACAAACCUGCUGAAUGAACUAAAAGUGUUUGGAGACGCUGCAUCACAGCAACGUGCUCGGCUAGAGGAAAUCCAAGCAACAAUGACAGAACUCACUAAAGCACGGCAACAUAUGAUGCAGGAAAGGGAGAACUUUUCCCUGAAGGCUGCUGAAAUGGAACAAGCUCUCAAAGAAGCAGAAGCUCUUUUGUUGUAAAAGUAAUAACAAUUUGUAUGUUUUAAUGUUUGUGUGACUGAAUAAAUGAUUCUUAUUUC